UAGGAAGGGUAAGUUCAUCUGAAGUUUCCAAUCUUCAUAAAGUAAUCAAGAUGAAGACGGAGAUGGCAACCAGGAUGACAUCAUGAAGCAACAUGAAGAAGCAUUGAAAAGGCUUCAGAUGUUGCAACAGAAUAUGGUUGGUGGGGAGAAGUCACAUGAUGAGGCGCUCAUGAAAGCGAGGCAGUCUCGGAAGAAACAUGUCGACGAACGGAGGAAGAAACUUGCGGAAGCUGCCGAGAAAGAUGAUGAUGAAGUGAUCCUGGAUGUUUACGACAGCAUACAAGAUGAUGUGAAGUUACGGAACCGAGUUAUCAAUAAACACAAGGAACAGAUCCAUGGAUUGAAAAUGGAAAUCGAAGAUUUAAAUUACGAGUUUGAACGAGAUCGAAGUGAAUAUUUAUCAACGAUUAGGAGACAAGAAAGAGAAUUGGCUCUUCUGAAUGAUAUUCUGACAAAAGUACAUCCAACUAUAAGAAGGGAUUGCAACUACAGUAACUUAGACCGAAUCAAAUCUUCUGCAAAGUUCGAUGAAAAUAAUGAAAAGUGGAUCCUACCCGAACUAUUGGUCACAAAAACAACUCUUCCGAGCACAACAGGUUCAACCGGAAGAAUGGACCGCACAAACUCGUUGAAUCAUUCACCAACGUCAAGUAGCUCGGUGGAAAGCUACAACCAGAGGUCUGAAGAAGACAGAUACUUAGCCAAGUUAAAUCGUAACAACCAUGAUAAUGUUGCCAACAAUUACUUCUUGCCAAAACGACAAGUGAAACAAAUAAUCGCAUCUUCACAUUCAGAUGGAUCAAUAAGAUCGAAAUAUUAUGGUAGCAGCAGCCCAGUAAUGGGAACAACUAAUGGUCACGUACAAAACGGGGAACGAAUUUCUCCAUCACAAAACUUUCAUCAAGUACCAGGAAAUAUGAAUGGAAACAUAUUGCCGCCACAAGCUCAUACUUUUGGUGGAUUUGAUGAUGCUUUAAAUAGACGACCUCAUAAACUCGACUCAAUAGCUCCAGUUCAAACUAAGUCUCGUAAGAAAAAGAAAAAAUAUCUCGACCCACUAUAAGCGGAUGAUGCAAUCUUGCCCAGGUGAUUUUGACUGUCACUCAAGUUAAGGAAAGCAGCCAAUUUAGUUGUAGCUUUUACAGUGUUAAGUCUUGGGUUAUUGGUAUUAUUUUUUAAGUUUAUAAAGGAAAAAUUGUUUUAAAUUUAUUUCGAAUUUACUAUAGUAUAAUGCACUAGUCAGUUCCAAUUAUUUUACAAUUAUACUUCUGUUUCUUUUAACUUUUACUGUGCCUGUCUUAGAGUUCUUUUUCCAAAGUAUUUAUAUUUUAAUGGGUUAAGCAAGUGUUGUAAUACCCUGUUGUAAUAAAAUGGUUUUCUAUUCUGCACAAAGUUGAACACAAUGAUGCAAUAAAUGUACAUAUAGAGCAUUUAAAUAAAUAUAUUUACAACAAA